AUGCUUGUAAUACCGAAGAACACCGGCGAACAGACACCGUUGGCGGAUGAUAAUGUAACUCGUACCGAGAAUUUUGUGAAAGAAGUAGUAUUAGAUUUUCCCAGUCCACUAACCAAUGUUACAAGCGCAUCAGCAGGAAUCAAUCAAUCAAAACAACAUAUCGAAAAACAACCGUUUUUCUCCUUUCGUCUUCACGUGUGGAUUGCAUUUAUUAUGUGGCUUCUUUCUUUUAUUGUAAGUGUCAAGAACCUUAGAGCGCAUUGUGAUUCGACACCGUUACCCACUUUUAUAAUUCUGUAUGCAAGAUGGGGUAUUUUCGUGAUCAUGGUAUAUCUUGGUGUAAUCAUUUUCUGUUAUCUUCUAAAUGACCGGACUGAUUUGAUACGCCGCGGACAUACAAUUAUUCGACAUAUCUUCGUUUUCACUCAUUUAGUAAUUUUAUUUUGCAUCUUUUGGUUCUUUUUUGGCCAGAUUUGGAUCUUUGAAAAUCAGUCGUAUUGUGGACAUUAUGCAAUAUCUGGAUUUGGUGUCGCAAUUAUAUUCAUUCAGUAUGUUAUAGGGCUAUGGUUUAUGAUGAGCUACACAUGGAAUCACGCAUGGAUCUUGCGUUACCUUAUAAAGAUUAUCGAAAAUCGCCUGAAUGAACUUCCGUGUGAACUUGAAAAUUCAGAGACCGCAUAUGAUAUAAAAAAUCAAUCAUCCGACAAAAAUUAUACGAGUCAAAAUCAAAUUUUACUUAAUGUUUAA